AUGGAUUGUAAUCAAAUGACACAGAGUAGUUCAUUACCCAUGACAGAAAUUAGCGAUACAUUGUUUGUACAGAUGGGUGCAAAGGCUCUGCUGUGCUGCCAUCCUUCUCCAAUGACAGAAACAGUAUUAAUAAGAUGGGUCAUAGCCCUCAGAGGGCAGCCUCCCUGCAGAAUAAUCUACAGAGCAGAAACAAAGGAGAGCAAUGAAACCAACUGCACAGAUAAGAGAAUCACCUGGGCCACCACACCUGAUCAGAGUCCUGACCUUCUGAUCAAUGCAGCGGCUGUCGAUCAUGACGGGCUUUAUUCAUGUGAUAUAUUAACACCUCAGGGGAAUUUCCAAGAGAGGCAUGACCUCCAAGUGCUAGUGCCUCCAGCAGUUACCCUGCUUCCAGGGGAAAACAGAACUGCAGUUUGUGAGGCAAUUGCAGGCAAGCCGGCUGCACAGAUCUUUUGGACUCCAGAUGGGAAUCACAUCACUAUGCAGGAAUCACACAGCAAUGGCACCGUGACUGUCAGGAGCAUAUACCACUGGGAGCAGAACAAUGUGUCUGCUGUGUUCUGCUUUGCCUCCCAUCCGACUGGUAACCUGACUCUGUCCAUAGAACUCAAUCAAGGUGUCACCAGCACACUGCACUCCCUGCUGAUAAUUCUGUGUGUGAAACUUGCCCUUCUGGGGAUCAUUCUGCUCAUCCUAGGAUUUGUUUUCUUCCUGAAGAGAAAUUAUUUCAGGUAG